AAGCAAAGCUUCAGGCAGAAGAGGAGGAUGAGAACAAUAAGCGCUGGAAGCGGAUGAGGCGAUUUGUAGUGCGCAUCACGUGACCUGGCGGUGAGAGAGGCUGUGUGGCGCUCGGCCAGGAAGGAAAUGUUCGCUGCCGAAACAAAAGCCGUUGCGGGAGGGCAGCGUUGAGAUCUUCCCCCUUACGUCCAAAUGAUGCUGCGGCGGGUUUCACGCUUCCAGUCCUGCUGGUAACAAAACUUUGCUGCCCGUCAUUCCCGGGGCAGCCUGCUGCUUGUUCUGCAGGGCACUAAUGUAGAAAAUGUCUUCUGCACCCUCAAGCGAAUCAACUUUAAAAGAUAUCCAUCAGGAUCUGCAUGUAGAAGCAGUAGGUACUUCAGAGGACUUUUGUACUAUUGCUGAGAGGAUAUUAAAUGGGUGUGAAAGUCCCCUUCUUGCUGACAUUACAGAACGGGCCAAGGCAUGUGACCAUUUAAAAGUGGAGGAGAACUUGGAGCCAGAGGACCUAUUAAACAACAACAAAGAAUUAUUUGAGCAGGAAUUGUUUGCAAACCAAAAUUCAUCGGCAGCAGUUUUGGGAAUUUCCUCGGUGACCCAAAUCCUACAUUCUUUUACAGAUGAUCCUAAAUUAGAGGGUAAUGAGUUAAAUAAUCAAGAUGCAUUCCACGUAGCACACCAUUCAUUUGUUACAUGUUUAGACCAAGACAAGGAAAAUGUAUCCGUAUAUAAUAAAACAACCAAAGCUGAUGUUUUAGGUAAUACUGAAACGUUAAGAUCAGAGGAUGAACAAAGCUGUGGAAUGUUGUGUGAGAAAUCAAAGACUAUUGACUCAGAGCAAAAUGUUCUCUGUGGGAAUGAUCUGUUAAGGCUACAGGGAAUUUCUGGGGAUCAGGAGGAGACGAGAAGACUGGAGGCUUAUUCAGGGGAAAGGCAUAACGAUAAUGCAACAUUAAAAGGAGAGAAUUCACUUUUUAAUAAUAUUUUGACUGACUUGGAAAAAUCAACUGAAAUGGGGUCAGAAACAAUUGGGCCAACCUGUGCUUUCAUAAGCAAUAUGCCCUUACAAAGCAGUGAGGAUAGUGUUAUGAUGUUCUCUAGUGAUGCACAAGGGCACAGUUUUAAAAUGUCAUUAGGAGUAGAAGACAGAGUGAAAAAUCAUUGUAAUAAUUUGCAUUCCACUGGCCAUGAGCCAGACAAGCAUAUGUCAGAAGGCAAGGAAAUUAGGAAAGUAUCUCAAAACAACCAGAGCGAAUCAGGUACAUACUCCUCACCCGAAAAUGAGAGUGAAGGGCACAGUCAAAAGGAUGUUUCAGAGAUCCUUGAUAUUAUAAUAAACAGGUCAACUUAUCAAGUAAAACAUGCCAGUAGAGGUGCCUCUAUAUCUGUCUCAUCCAAACAUGUGCAAAAACAAACUGAUGUUAGGGGUGAAAAAUACAAGGCAAGAGCAGAAAUGUGGCCAUUGGAUGAACUGCCAGUAAGGAGAUCAAUAGCAAUUGAUGAUAUUCCAGAGGAGUCAGAUUUAAGUUCAGAUAAGGAAAUUGAUGCUUAUGAUGGUGAUGAAGAAGAAAAUCUAGAGAGAGAAGACCACAAUGAAUUUCUGCCUUACAGCAGUUCUCAAGAUAGAAUCGAUCCAAGGAAAGAAAGACAUCGAUAUGUCUCGGACAGUUUAGACCCAGAUGUUUUACAGCUUCUUGAAAAGCAUCUCCAGAAACAACAGCUAGUAGAUAUCAAAGAAGAAGGAGAAGAGGAACUGGUAGAUGUGCACAUCAAUAUAGAAAGACCACGCACAGAAUCUUUCAAGGGUUUAAGGAAUAUCCCACCGGUGUUAGACAUUGUUUUAGAGGAACCGGAGUUAGAGAACACAGGAGAUAGUUUUGAAGAAGGCAGCAAAACUCCUUCAGAAAUAGACUCUGAUGACAGCAGUAAUAUCUAUGCCAUGGAAAUGGGCUUGAUAGAGUCGCUUCAGCAUGAUUUAAUGAGUAAAACAGACAAGAUAGACAAGCAGGAGAUAGCUACAAUCUUUCAAAGAACAAGUACAGACCCUUUCGUGCAAGAAAAAGAUCAAGUUAAAGGUGACAUAAAGCAUCAUAUAGAACACAGCGAUGAUCAAGUGAGAAAUAUGAGCAAUGUUCCUACCUCAGGUGGCGGCACCCUUGUUUUGGAUGCAGAUUUGAAAUGUGAUCUUGAUAAGUGUACACAGCAGAGCAACACAGACCACUUGAUACUGUCAGAAGAACAGACUAUUUUACACACCAAAGAAGGGCAGUUCAUUCUAUUGGAACCAAUCAUUUCAGAGAAAUCAUUACAGCCUUGUCCUCCGUUGUGUAACCAUAAAACAGACACUGAUGCAUCUAUAGAGCAAAUUGACAGUAACCUGUGUCGAAGCCCAGGUUCUGUAGCUAUUGAGUUAAUGCAACCCAAAGCAGAGCAAUAUAGUAAAGACAGUGAUGGUACAGCUCAACCUGGGUCAGAUAAUUUAAAGACUGAACAGACGGAAGACUGUUUUAUUAACAAUAUAUUGUGUCCAGUUAAUGAAGGAGCUAAGUUGCCAUCUGAGGCCUCUCAUCUGGAACUACUGGCUGACGAAUCUGAUUUGGUGCAAGCGAGUGAAGAACAAUUCUUGGUAGAAGAUAGUUCUUCCAUUGCUGAAAGUCACUCAAUAGACCAUUGUGAUGGCGUAGAAGAAACUUUGGUCUCUACGGAGACAAGGUUGACAGACCCACCUACAAUAAAUAAGGCAAGCUCUAGUCCUGCACCAGAAACACAUUUGUCAGACCAGCCCUUUCUCUCAGCCAGUGAAAUGAGCACACUACAUAUGGAUUUAAAGGAGAAGAUGUUAGCCUUAUUAGAAAAGGCACAUGCCGUGGAUUGCAGAUCCUCCCAUUUGCAAGCAGAAGCCGAGCUCUUGUGGAAGCAAAGUGAAGAGUUAAGAAAUGAGUGCAAAUCUCUUUCUAAGGAAGCAGAAGAGCUCUUGUCCAUGAUUAGCCAGCAGGGGGCAUUGCACAGGCAGCCAAUUGGAGAAGAUCCAUAUAGGACUACAAGAGGGUCCAGGGACUCUUUGAAUGCAAGUGAAAUUCAUCAUAGAAAAGCGAAAACACUAACCAAUAAAGCUAAUAAACUGGACAGUCAGCCCAAGGUCCUUGCUAAGGAAAACGAACAGCUAAGAGUUUUGAGCAAAAAGUACGACUUUCUGAGGAAAGAAGCACCGGAGGUGAUGAAGGAACUCAGUUCUCUCCAGCAUCAAUUAAAAUGCCACCCAGAGGUGAAGAGCAAGCCAAUGCGCUUCCUGCACAACCUACUGUGGGGCGGAUUAAUCACGGGUGGCGCCAUGUUGCUGGCUUGGUGGAGCACGAAGCAGCUUGGCUGACUCCUCUCUGCUUCGGAUUCCCCUUGGGGGGAAGAUUCUGCUGGAAUUGACGUUUAUCUGGACAAGAAGAUUACUGACAGUAAAGCUGACUAUUGAGAUGCAUUAAAUACACUAGCCGUGUAUGCUGGUUUAACUUGUAGAUAAUUGAAACCAUUUUCCAUCCCCAAUUCCCCCACAGCACACAGUCCUGUAAAUUCCAAGAACAAAGCUGGAUUUAGAUUAUUGUAGCCGUAUCCCUUAUAAACAGAAUGCUGCCUUGUUCUCCCUUGGCUAAGUGCAUAGGAUAUUAACAAAUAACAAUUAAAGGCAAUAGUAUAUCUGCAGUUUUAUUAUUAUCUAUGGGAAUUGUCAUGCUGAAAAGAAAGUAGAAAUACACCCCCCCCCCCAACAAGAUUUGGUAAAUGGUAGCUCCCAUGGGCCAUAAAACCACUAAAUCCAAUUUAAUGGGUGCUACAGCUUAAUGUUCUGUUUUCCCUUAUGCCUUGCGUAAGAUUUAUGAAUGUGUUUUUUUUCCUUUAACAUUUACCCCCUAGGUGUUAGUGGCUAAGCUUUAUAUUAGCUGCCUGUGUCAAUGUCCAUGGUAGGCUGCCCAUAAACAUCUUUAGAACUUCCCAUAGAUUUUCUAUUGUGUUAUAAUUGUUUUUGCAAGAAGCCAGAAUGGUUGUGGUCUUUCAAUUCAUAGUGUCAUCAGGGAUGUGGCUGGUGCAGUGAGACUGCUCAUAGCCAAUAUAGUGAUCCCCCGGUACUAAAUACUAUUCUGCAACACAGCCCUGAGGGAUAGGUACCCUUCUCCUAUAACGUGAAGCCAUUCCUGGUGUUUUAUUGCCGUUUUGUGUUCCGGCUUGUGUGCCAUUAGCCUUUAAUAGAUUCGAUUAGAACUGUCCCUGCUCUUUCAGCAGCCCAAAAUGCCUUAAUAUAGUGAGUAUACAGUAGUGCUUCUAACCAUAAGCAGCGCUGUAUAUGGAGCUUAUUCUGUAGGGUUUAGUGUUUUUGCCCAAUGCCAGGUCAUUGGUUAACCAUAUCCAAUACUCUCCAUUUUGGCAUGACAGCCUGGAAUCUCAGACCACAUAAAACGUUCUUACCCAAAAGUGGGCAGGAUUUUGGUGAAUUAGAGGCAUUGGAUUAUCUAGGAUAUGGGCUAAAGCUAGUAAUGUUGGUGAUCUAUCUAAUAUAAAUAAAUCUAAAGCAACUGGACUUGUUAAGAAAUCAUCGUUGGUGAUCUAGUUUUACAGCCGGUGUCACAUGCGAUGGUUUGUUGGAUAUGAAUAAAUAUAUUGGCUAAUUAUGAUACUACAAGAUGCAGUUUAACCCCUUACAUGUGCCAGCCCCCUUAGAUUCUAGGUUUGUGGGUUUAUUAUGAAUAUACAAAGGACCCAGCAUUAUCCGUGAUCGUCCAACUCCAAAGCUAAAGUAAAUGGUUGAAAGGAGAUUUUAGCAGGAGAACUCGGCAGUACCCAUUAAAACUAUUUAAACCACAUGCACAUCGUAUUGGAAGGUACAAAAGCAGUUGAUAAUUGUUGAAACAUCCCCAUUAGUGUUGGUAAUGGAUCCUGGCAGAGAGAGGGAGCUCAGUGGCAUGGGGAUGAUGGUUGGGCUGAAUCAUGUUGAAACAUGCCACAGGCACUGAGAAAUCUGACUGCUGUGACAACUGGCAGCCUCCAGUAGUGCCUUCCACCUUAGGCCUUUCCUCAAUCUUUAGACUGGCUUGUAUUAGCAGAGCAAUCUCUAAUAGCAUGUUCCAGUGGAGUUCCACAGUGCAUGUUCUUCCACAAUCAUGCUCGAUGGACAGCUGCACUAUCAUGAGCUCUCUCCCAGCUUCCCCAGCACCAUCAGUAGUAUUGACAUUGCCACAGGCCCAGACUCUUUACUGCCUUGUUGACAAUCCAUUUGCUUAUAGAGCACAGGUUGUAUACAGUAGAGCACUUGGGUUAUUCAUUAUCCAAUUGGCUGCUGUGCUUUAUGAUAACAAUUUAACAACUAGGGAUGUGGCCCCAUAUUUUUUCUCCCUCCCAGGCCUUGAUUUGUAGCUACCCCUGCUUUAGAUUAUUUAUCAACCCUAUAAUGGUACACUACUAAAUAUUUCUAUUCAGCUUAAUAAUAUGUUUUUUAUGUUUUAAAGCUUUUGUGGAAUGAGCUUCUUUGCUACAGAUCUAAAUUUGUACGUUUAAUGUAUUUUAUUACUGUGAUACACCUAUCCGUAAAAAAUCCAAUUGGUUAUCAUUGAAUGCUUGCUCAUUUCCUGUGUUAGCAUGCUUCUCUUGGCAGCACCUGUGGAUUGGUCCAGAUUGGCCUUCAAAAUAGGACCUGGAAUUUUAAAUACACAGAUUUAAAUACAGCCCCCCAACCCAGUGUCUGUCUAUGGCAUCUUACAGCUGCCCCUCUGGCAUUUGCCUGUGGUUUGCGUGUGGUUGUUUUAAUCCAACACAUUUUCGAUCACUUCAUUACACCACACUUUACUCCCAAUUAAAUGCAGAAUGCCUGACACCUCAAAAGAGCACUUGUGGCCAGAAAAUGCCUGUAGUGGAUGUUUACUCUUUGAGUGAAUAGGAAUCACAGCAUGAGGCUCGUGGCACUUUUCAGUUGGGUGAAAUGCACAGGGAUGAAAAGCACCACACUUUCCAUACCCAUUAAAGUACCAACUAUAUUUAUAUAUAAUAUACUCAGUACCUUGUAAAAGUUUUCUUUUGAAUCCCUGGAGUUUAACAAUCAGCCCAGGCCCUGCUAAUAAACUGCCGCCAUACAGCACCCCCUCUCAUACAAAAUAGUUUUUUGAUUGGCUGGUGCACCUUUACUCAAUUGCCCACUACUCAACUCCCCCAUCGUGAUUGUUAAUGUGUCUGUAGCUUCUCAUGCAAGCCACCCUUUUCUAUGGGGAGUAUGAUGUAGCUAAACCAACAGUGCCCACUGGGACAUUUAAACUCUUUGUCGUAAACUCUUAUUCGUUUUUGUAUUAUUCUCUUACGUGAGAGAAUUCAUCUGGGGCUGAAUACUUUUGUAAGGUGUUAAGUAUAUGAUUGAAAGCUGCUAAAUUGCUUGUCUUUCUUCUCCUGUUUGGGGGAAAAGUACUGAUUUGUGGACCUGAAAAUAUAGCUUACCAGGCCCAGACUGUGAUUCAGAAAAGGCCCAAACACCCCUCUUCAGUGCAAAUAAAUAAUUAAUGUGUUAGAACAGGCCCUUGGGCAUUUGCCAGUCCAAGCCUGGGGCUCGCCACAAAGUGAAUGAGGUUGUAAGGUGUAUCAGAGCAUGUCUGCAUAACUGCGCGUAGCCAGGGCAGAUCAGGGCAUUGCCAAAACCCCUAGUUUGCCAAUGGAAAUUUAGGAAGGUAUGCUGCUAAGGUAUUUUUCACAUGCCAAGGCCAAGCAUACCAACAGACAGGCCUUAAACUACUUUGGAGUAAAAUAAGUAGUACCUAUUAAUAUUAGUCCCCAGAACCUGGUCCUCUCGAAGUGGUGGUGCUUUUCAACUUUGUUGUCUAUGGAGAAUGCCUUUGUUAAGGCAAGCAAUAUGGCAGUCUCUAUUUAGGUGUUUAAACAAUAAUAAGUAUGCAAGUUAACAUCUGUAAAAGAAACAUAAAUGAAAGAAAAAAAUCAUUUUUAAAAGUAUAUUUUCCCUUUAUUCUGCUCAUCCUGAUGUUUGCAGCAUGGUAUGAAGAAACCUUAAGCACUGUUAUUAUUAAUAGAUUGUUAAUAUAGAAACUGACAACAGUAGGAAUGCUUGUUUUCCACACGGAAUGUGCCGUGCCCUCGCAGCAGUGCCAUUCUGCUCUACAGGCCCCUGUGUGAAAUGCUUAGCAAUGCUGCAUCUGUUGCACGCCUGCUCCUCUUUAGUUGCCAACACAGCUGCAUCCGGCGUCGAGCAUGGAGGAAAUGAUGAUCAUUGUAAGGUGUUGUGCCUUUAAUGAGCUGUUCAGCUUAUAGCCCUCAAAGUGCCUCAUUUACUGUCACUGCAGGAAUAAAGAGAUAUAUUUAAGGGUAAAUCCUGCACUGGCUUUUUACAGUUUGCCGGCAUGAGGCCUGAGAUGUCGAAAGCUGCCACAUUCGCAUAAGGAUCAUGUCUUUAGUAGGGGCUGGGCCUGGGGAAAAUACAAAACAAUCCCACACAUCUCCUAUCUGCACCUCUAUAGGCCCCACUCCACCACGUCCCCCUAUUUGGACCCUCUAAAGACAGAUCUGACAGUAGUGUGCCUAAUAUAAUAUACAAUGCAUAUAUUUAUGUCUGAAAUAUUAUGCCUGUGAAACUAACUUGCAAAUUCUACGGUAACAACUAUUGUGUUUUUUUUUCUUUUAAUGUAUGAUAAGAAUGUGUUUUGUGCUUAAUGAAAAUAAAUUUGUCUUAUUAUGCUGUA